AUGACAGUCAUGACAUCUGCUGGUGACUCCCUUGAACUACAUCGGAAGCCAACGGAGGAUGCUACCAGGACCUUCAGCAAGAGGCAGCCACCCCUGGGCCACAGUUUGGAUGGAAGAAUAAGAGGAAAAACCGUGAGAAGGGCGGACACCAACGAAGAACAGCAGGAGACGGUGCAAGGUGAGAGCAAAUUGAAAACUGUGGAAGGAUUUGUGACAAGUUUCGGUAGCGAUCAUGGCUGGAUUGAUGAGUCCAUUUACUUCAGUGCUGAUGCGACUGGCAAUGCGUCUCUAAAAGUUGGACAAAAAGUUACCGCAGUUGUGGAAGAAGAUGAACUAUCUUCCAGACUAAAGGCAAUCAAAGCAAAUACUUUGUAUCCAUCCACAACCCAGCGCAAAUCUGAUUUCCUCCAGGUGGAUGCUAUCUCUGAGAAUUUUGAAGUCGUUAUACAACCAGACCCCAAAAUGAGAGUUUUAGCUGGCUGUGUUACCCGUGUGAAGAAAAAUAUUGUAUACAUUGAUAAGAAACUUUACUUCUCUCUGGACAUCUUUUCUACAGGUAUGAUUUAUUUUUCUAGUCACUCAUUUUUUUCCAUGGCUCUUUCAGGUUUUGUGCCCUAUAAGGGUGACUGGGUAGAAAUUGAGUAUUCUAAGAAGUCAAGGAACUCAAAGAUCAAGGCACACUCGGUGAAGCCCAUGAACUGUAAGCAUGUGGAAAAUAUUUACAUUACUUCAAUAGAGGAAAGAAAUGGGGUGAUCGACUACAGCAUCUUUUUCACCUUGGAUUCUCUGAAGUGUCCGGCUGGAUAUGAACCUCAAGAAUAUGACCUGGUCAAUGCUGUCAUAGUGGAGAGUACCCAGGUGGGCUGUACCUGGAGAGCAGUUUCCAUCACCCCCGUGCAAAGUUCCUUGUAA